AUGAAACUCUUCAACGCCUUCGCUACAGCGCUCGGUCUAGCUGGUCUAGCCCAAGCCCACAUGGAGAUGACAUAUCCUCCCCCUUUCAAGAGUAAAUACAACCCCAACGCCGGACAGGACAUCGACUACAGCAUGACCUCGCCUCUCAACGCCGACGGAAGCAACUUUCCCUGCAAGGGAUACAACUCUCUUUUUGGCACCGCUGCCGGUGCACCUACCGCUACAUGGCAGGCUGGCAAGUCGUACAGUAUCAGCAUCGCUGGCGGUGCAGACCACGGAGGCGGCAGUUGCCAGGUCUCACUCUCUUUUGAUCGCGGCAAGACUUGGGUUGUUAUCCAGUCGUGGAUUGGAAACUGCCCCAAAGCGCCGACCUCGAGCUUUCAGUUUACUCUUCCGGUUGACACACCAGCUGGAGAGGCUAUUUUCGCCUGGACUUGGUUUAACAGGAUUGGAAAUCGCGAGAUGUACAUGAACUGCGCGGCUAUCACGGUCAAGGCUGGAACUGGAACAGCGAAGACAGCACUCAAGAAACGGCCUGCUAUGUUUGUCGCCAACGUCGGAAAUGGAUGCAAAACCACGGAAAUGGUCGACCUCAUGUUUCCUAACCCGGGACCUAACGUCGACCUCACUUCGACCAACACUGGACCGCCGGUCGGUCAGUGCGCAGCUGGACCAGGAGUCCAGCUUCCCUCUGCCUCUCCCUCUCCGACAAAGACAACUACUACAAAGAAGCCGACUACGACUAAGCCACCGGUGAAGUCUACAGCCCCUGGCGGUGUUUUCAUCACUGUUCCUUCAACCACCAAGAAGACGACCAAGACGACCCUCAAGUCAACAGCUCGCAAGACAACAAGCACCACUACAUCGAUCAAGCCUGCGCCGACCAAACCCGCCGCCGGUGUCAUCACCCCCGGUACAGCUUGCAAGCCUGAGGGCUACUGGAACUGCAUCAAGACAGGAACUGCCUUCCAGCGAUGCGCUUCCGGUACUUGGUCAGUGGCGAUGGCUGUCGCGCCAGGAACAAGAUGCGUGCCUGGGCAGAGCAUGGAAUUCAUCAUCCAGUAUGCAUGA